CAUCGAGCAAAGAAUAAUAAGCGUUAAUGAAUGCAAACAGAGGCAUAUCAUUUCUUAACUUGAAGACCCUGUGACUUGAAAUGUUUUUGUAGUCUAAAAGUUUGUGACCACUUAGACUACACAAACAUUUCAAAUCAAAGGAUCUUCAAGUUCAGAAAAAUCCCUCUUUUCCACCCGGAAAAUCGCCCUAAUUUUUGGGUUUUACAAUUCUUUUAAUACCGCAGCGAUGGCGCUCUGUGCAUCUUGUCGCAACUGACUUAACAUUAUUUUUCCUCUUUGCUAACAACGGCGUUCUAGUUCUAGUCUUUGAUCGGUCAGCGCGUUCUAGAAGCCGUCCCGGCCUAAAUCUUGAAGUCCCUCACGGCUGAAUGAUGAGUGACGCCCCCUCCCUUCCCCCUGCAAUCCCCCCUCCCCGCCUUCGUUCUCUCGUCCCAGCCCUCUCUUGUGUUCAUGGCUCUCCAAGCUCUGUCGUGAUCCUUGCUCAGAAAAUUUAAAAGGGACUUUCAUAAUAAAGAAUGAUUAUCAAAAAGAAAGGAAAGCUUCUCAGUACGCCAUUAAUUCCCUCCCUGUGUCACAUUUGCUGGCAAAAUAUUUUGAUCUCGCAAAGCGGUCAAGUUUUAAAAUGACAGAAAAGACAGACGGAAUGCCCUUUGAUGGCCUUUCGCGGUAAUGAAAAUCACGGGAUUACUAUCUUUAUCACUGACUUCAUUUUAUCCUAUUUAUAAACAAACUUCCUCUCUUUCUCCGAACACUUCUGCGUCUUUCGGAGAUUGUCAUGCGGUUUAAACGCAUCUUGGUCGCGUUUGGCCUGAGCCAGGGCCUGAACUCAUCGCCCAUCAUUCAAGCCUGACGCAUCUUUGCAAGCUUUUUGUUUGCUUCUCAUCGGAAGUGAAAAGAAACGAACACACUGAUUCCACUUUUUAGAAGGCUUUAACUAAGUCCUGAAGUUUCUUUUUUCUGCCAUGGCUAUUUCAACCUCGCAAAAAGACUGCAACCAAGCUAAGAAUGUUGUCUUUAUUAUGUGUUAUUUCAUCAAGAAAGGCGAAAAUUAUGCUGUUACCAAGAUAACUCGAGCGCAAAGAGAUUACUUUACAGACGUGUGCCAAAAUUGCCACGAAUAUGGCGCUGAACCAGUACAAGGUAUUUGUUUAUGUGAACCGAAGUCGUUCUCUGCGGGUUUAAAUUCGUUGUUUCUGCGAAAUCAAGGUUAUUGCGUAGAUGAGUACGUUAUAAUGAAGACUGAGAGCUGUCGGAGGUGGGAUAGAAACUUUAUAGAAGUCAUUGACACUGAAAGAACAAACUCAUAUAUCUUUAGUAAGGGAGCGUACCCCUAUUACCAGUUGGAGCCAUCUAUAUCCUAUCGUAACAGUACCACAGGAGAGUGGCAGUUCUUUAAUUUGUCUGGAAAUGUGUUAGUGCUGCAAAAUGGUUCAGAUCCCGAGUCCUUACAAAUUAAGGUAACUGUAUGCUACUUUUCAAAUUUCAUUGAAGCAAUUGGUAUGGAGGACACACUUCUAAUCAGCUACCUAAAUUGUGACACAUACUUGUAACAGUGGCAGAUCUAGGGGAGGGUUCCAGUGGG